AUGUCCGAAUCACAAAGGCUGAUCACGCACUGCGGAAACGAGAUUCGCCAGCUCGUCUGCACCGAGAAGCUCUUGCGUGCUGCUAUGACAGACCUCAGAGGUAGCAUGAUUCAAUCAGACGGCUUCACACGGCGUACGGACGAAGCAGUGUGGUCCAACGUAGACAAGCUCAACGGAACGAUUCAGGAAGAAGCCCACCAAGCUGCCGUGCAGCUUUCCUCGGCUAUCAAUAUAUAUCUCACCAUGCACGAUGAAGUAUCAGCUGAAGAGGUCGACGAUCUAAUCGUCGAGCUCGACGCUCUCAAGACGGAAAUAAACGGAUACCGGCUUGACCAGCAGGAAUCGCUCAGGAUCAUCAUCGGUCAUGCCUCGCAGGCGGGAGAACAGCACGCCAGUGCUGUCCAAGACCGCGUCGGAGUGGUGUCACGACAGGUUGAAGACGCCAAUGCGGCGGUGUCAGCUCUUCGGGAGCAGCUUCAAGAGAAACCAAAGUGCACUCCCACAGAAACCACCCGAAACCGCAGUGACAGCCGCUCCUUCGAGGAGUCUCAGAUCCUCCUGGUGCAAGGCAAACUGGCCAAUGCGCAGAAGCGCCUCAACGCCGCCCAAACUUCUAUGGAGAUCUGUGGCAAGAUAGAUUGGGAGACCACGACCAGCCGCUUCGGUGCGGUCUUGCGCUUCCUGAAGAAGGAGCAGAAGGAAAUGGGCGCCCUCCCCGAGCUUCGGAAGCUGCUGCUGAACGAGGUCAAUGCGUACCUGUCAGCCGCAGAGAGCUUCAAAGCCUACCCGGGCCCCAGGCACACCGCACUCAACAAUAUGCGACUGCGCCUGCUUUCUACAGCGCCUGCAUGGAGGGGGGUGGAGGAGUUGCUCGCUACCGGAUACGCCAAAGGUCACCAGUAG